AUGGAUAAAAACUAUUCUGACGAGCGCCUAAAAAAUAUAAUAGACAAAUUCUCUAAAUGCAAAAUUGAGUAUUUUAAUGAAAAAGAAGAAUGCAAACGAUUAAGAGAAGCUAAUACAAAACUAGAAUUGGAAUUGAAAGAAACCAGAGAAUUAGCCAAGUCUCAGAGUUGUCAUUUGCAAAAUACACGUGAAAUGAUUGGAAACCUUCAUGAGACAGUUUCACAGUUAGUAUAUCUAAAGAGAGAUGCAAUAAGAAUUAGCGACGAAAUUAUUUCCAAGGACUGUGCAAUUUUGGCGUUGGAAAAGGACAAAGAAACGAUGAUUCAGAAACAAAAUGAGGUGCUUAUGGAGUUACGCAUGUCAUACGAAGCGCAAAUAGAAGAGGUUAAGGCUGAGAACGAGAAUAAAAUACGACAAAUUCAACAAGUAGCCGAUACUGAAGUUGCUCAAUAUAGAUGUGCAAACGAAGAACUGAGGAGCGAACUAAACGAAGCUUGGGCUCAGCACAGAGACAAAAUGAAUACCAUGGUAUUAGAAUAUGAAGAGAAGAUGCAACACAGCGCAGCGCAAAACGCUCAGCUCCAGGACCAGCUGUGUAGACAGAGCGCCUCUCAUGACGCCAAUAUAGACGCCUUCCGUAGGAAGAUAGCGGAACUGGAAGAGAAACUUAAACAGUAUCAAUUCAAAGAAUACUUAGCCAACAAUCCACCGCAACACAACGUGGCUGCAGAACGUCCAUAUUCAGUAAACAGAAAAACCUCUUCUGACCAUUUCUCUAGUGAUUUGACUCAAAUACAAGGAAGUUCGAAAUCUUUGCCAAGAAACAUUUUGAAAAAUCAGCAAAGAACGACGAAUGCUAUUCAAGUCAUGUACAGUGAUGUAAAUCCUGUCACUGCCAAUUCAAAUGAGAAUAAAGCACAAUUCAAAAUAACCAAGAAACGUAAACUAUUCAACGUAAAGGACUUUUAA